UGAUCACCGGUAAGGGCGUGAGACACAGUAACACACCCAGUUUUUUUACGCACGCCCCAUCAGUGCUGGCCAGACAGCGCUUCGGCAGCCCGCUAACGUUACCCACUGUAACGUGUCGGCGCAAGUAUUAGAAGGAUAACAGCAGCUCGUCAUCAUCGUUUGGCUGUCGGCUCUUUGGUUUUACUUACGGAAACUCGUUUUUUUUCAUAGCCUACAGUUAAUCGUUCAUUUGUGCGCAAAAUUGGAUAACGCACGCUUGGAUACUUGUCACCAUGGGAGGAAGACGCAGAGACGCACCUGGAUCUGGCGAGGACUACUCCUUUGUCAGUCCAGUUGUCAAAUACCUACUGUUCUUCUUCAACUUUAUUUUCUGGUUAAUAUCUCUGGUGAUGGUGUCAAUCGGCGUGUACGCGCGCAUGAUGAAACAUGCAGAGGCAGCUCUGGCGUGUCUGUCAGUGGAUCCCGCUGUAAUGCUGAUGGUCGUGGGGGUCCUGAUGUUCAUCAUCACCUUCUGUGGCUGUGUGGGCUCCCUGCGAGAAAACAUCUGCCUUCUGAACACAUUCUGUAUCUGUCUGACAGUGAUCUUCCUACUCCAGCUGGCUGCAGGCAUCCUGGGCUUCAUUUUCUCUGAUAAGGCCCGGACUAGAGUGACUGAGAUGAUCAACAAUGCUGUCGUCCACUACAGAGAGGACAUUGAUCUGCAAAACCUCAUUGACUUUGGUCAGAAAGAGUUUGGCUGCUGUGGCGGUGUGGCGUACACCGACUGGUCCCGGAACAUUUACUUCAACUGUAAGCAGGACAACCCCAGCAGAGAACGCUGUUCUGUCCCCUUCUCCUGUUGUAUCAUACCCAAAGACAAGGAGGUUAUCAACACAAUGUGUGGCCAGGGCAUGCAGGAGUUAGAGUACAUUGAAGCUGGAGACCACAUCCACACCAAUGGCUGCAUAGACAAAAUGGUGAACUGGAUCCACAGUAACCUUUUCCUACUGGGAGGCAUCGCCCUGGGACUGGCCAUACCACAGCUGGUUGGCAUCCUCUUGUCUCAGAUUUUGAUCAACCAGAUCAAAGACCAGAUCGAGCUUCAGAACUACAACCUCAAGCACCGCGCAGACCCGUGGAGCUAACCCAGGUCGGAUCAGACCAGAUUUUGAUGAACAGCACCAGAAACACGGUGAAACCAGUAGAUGGAUGUGGGGGGGUGAACCACAAAUGCCUGAAAAACAUCUGUCAUCUCUGGCUGGAUUGACCAUUUGGAAUAAUUGGUCUUGGAUUUAUACAAAACAAGACUAGUGAAGAGCCAGCAUGUGGAUAAACCAUGAAUGUGCUUUCAAACACUUGGCAUGGAAGUGAAGGACAGUACACAUAAAAUAUACAGGUGGAGAAACAGGACUCUGUCACUACCUACUGGACAUAGACAAUGUUAGUAGUUACCAAACUAUACGGUAGUUGGUGCAAGCAAAGGCAGGAAGGGCAUUUGGCUGUCAGCGUCAUAUUGAUGGGAUCACUGACCUUGACUUAAGAGCUGCAAUCAGUAUAGACUUAGACUUAGACUUAGACUUAGACUUAGUAUAAUCUAUUACACAAAUUUUGUGUGUGUCAAAGACACCAAAUAGGAGUGAGCGUUAAUGCAUAUCUGUGUUUUUAUUUUUUCCACUAAUCCAAAUGUUAACUAACUGAAAAGGGAAUUGCAUUUAUGAACAUGUCUUGAUUUUGUAGACUUUUUUUUAAAAACAAAAGAGCGACAGACAGGCUGUCCUAUGCAUUCUCAGCAAUGUUGCUUAUCUAUGAGAUACAUCUUACAUUUGGUUGAGGUUGUUUUUGUUAAUGUAGCAUUGUGUACCUGACAUAUUACUGUGUUUUCCAUUUGUAGUUAAAAUAUGUGUCAAAUAGAAAGGUCAACCUACUUGAUAUUUUUUUUAAGAUAAAGCAUAAGCAAUGCACAUAUGCUAGGUGGUAUGUAGUUUUGUGUACUUUCACAAGCCUAUGAAUGUAUUUAAAAAGUAUUUACCUCUGGGCCCCAGAAAUGCAUGAAAUGACUAUUGUAACAGUACAGUAUAAUAACCAUUUUACUUGAUGGGUUUUAAGGUUUUAAUUGACAAUUAACUGUAAACACUCUCCAUAAUAAAAUUGCCAUGUUAGGCAACUUGGUUUUCAUGCCGAGACCUGACACUGCAUAUGAUGUCAUUUCCUCCUCACAUUCUAGCCAGCUGACAGCCUGCGUUUGCCUCCAUAUGCUGCCAUUAUAAGUAAAUGUUUGCCAAAU